AUGAUUCCGUUGUACAUGGUAAAGCUGUUUAGGGGAAAGAUAAACAAGCUGGCGGAGGGAGUAGGUGGUGAGGUGCUCCAGUAUGAAUACGAAGAGGAGGAGGGUAUCGAGGAGGAUACAUCGACGCAAGCUCAGCACGCGGUGAGCGGCGAGGGCGGCGAUGCGAAUAGGCAGGAGGACUCGAGCUCGGAAUUGACGUCCGGCUCGAGCUCGAGCGAUGAGUCUGUCGAGAACGAUGGCGGGACGCAGCAUACGGUGGAGCACGGAGUGGCGCUCGGGGAGCGGGUUGCUGUCGAGGAGCAGGAGGGCGAAGCGGCUGUGCAGGAGCGUGGGGCAGGAGUGCAGCACCAGGAGGAGGGCGGGGAGGCUGCGCAGGAGGGUGCGAUAGGAGGGCAGCAGCAGGAGGGCGUGACGGCUGCGCAGCAGGGUGCGACAGGAGGGCAGCAGCAGGAGGGCGGGGAGGCUAUGCAUGAGUGUCUCCGAGGAGACGAGCGACAGGUCGCAGUUACAAGGAGACACCGCACGGCCAGUGGCAGCGGACAAGCGGGCCCAUCGAGGGGGCGCCCGUCGACGGUGGGCCAUUCGACGUCGGACAUUGCAUCCGGAUGCCAGGUUGUCGAGCUACUGCAGAGGGUCGCGGAGGUGGAGGCGUCACAGAAGCAGCUCGUCGCCGACGUAUUUGCGAAGCAUAGCGAGCAAGCCGUAGUUUUCAACAGGCUUGCUGCGGAUUUUCGGACGGCCUGGGGAACGAUUUCGGAGUCGUCGAAGAGCACGCUGAAGCAGUGCGCCAACGCUGUAAGCGGCGUCACGGAGGAGAGGAAGCUGUUGGAAGGGGUGCGGACGAAGCUCGACGAAAUGAGCGGAAAGAUCAUCGAGGGUGUGGCCGCCGCCAUCGCAAAAGCGAGCGAGGACGCCGUCGAGAAGCAGCUCAAGCUGGUCGAGGAGCGGCUGGCUGCUUCGGUCAUGAAGGGUAUCGAGAAUGCCGUCAAGGAGGACUUGUUCUACUCCAACCUCCCACCCGAGACCAUGAAGCAGCUGAAGGACAUUGUGAGAGAAGGCCACCAGGAAGGUGAAGCGGGGAGAUUGGAGGUCCUCACCGAAGCGGUGGCGAGGGGGUUACAGCGCUCGACGGGCCCGUCGACAAGAUCGCGUCAGGAGGGUGUGGCAGGGUUUCGCAGCGGGACCGAGCCUCGACUUCACACGGGCGUGGUUCCUCCUUCUUCUUCCGUGGGAGGACAUGUCGGCAGCCGGGUAGCAUCACCACCGUCGCGUGGCCGUCAUCCCGUCGCCGAGUCCGUGGAGGAUAACGAGGUCAUAGUACUCGACCAGUCACCCCUCCCGAAGAGCUCCGAAGCAGCUGCGAUGCCUCCACCUGAUGCGUUUGCUCCGAUGCGCGACAUCCUGCAGGGUUUGGGGAUUACGGGUGGGAAAGGAGUGGUUGCGGGGGAGAAAAGUGGUGCCGCAAUCGAUUCCGUCGCCGCAGACGGGAAAAAAGCCUUGGGAAAGCGAGGUGUCCCCACCCCGUCCGGAGGCGCUGCGGGCCAAGGGGCGGGAGAGACGUCAGCUGGGUUGUUGUCGAAGACAAAAGAAGCAUCCGCUGCGCAGAGCGGUGGUGCUGGCCAUGCUGUCGAGCAGGUGGGAUAUUGGGCGUCUUCCUCUACCCCUGCAGUUGCUACUGUCGCUGCUCCGGCCCUGGGCGACGUCUGCCUUAGCGAUCCUGGUUCCCCUUCGACGUCGAAGAAGAAGCCGGCUGCGACGAAGUCGUCGAAGCGCUCUGCACAGGCUACAGAGAGCUUUGACGUCGUGGAGCUGGCCAGCCUCUCUGGCCAGGCUUCUGUCGUGAAGACGUCUACCGUCGUUGCUGCUCGACAGGAGAAGGCGAAAAAGGCCAAGGUCAUGGGUUACACCCCACCUCCUCGGCCGGACGACCAAGGCAAGACGAGAGGCAGCAAAGCUCCCUUCAGAGGACCGGGUUUCGGGUUGCGGAAGGGGAAGCCGGUUUCCGAGCAGACCGUCGGCGGGAGGAAGCGGUUCCUUGGCACUUUUGAGAAGGACUGGAAGGUCUACCUCGAUGCGGCCGCAGAAAUGCCAACCGGCGUUUGGAGCGUGGCGCAAGAACAAGGGGAAUGUCGUUUCGACGAUUUCAAGUCGCUGUUGGCGACGGCAGAAAAGGAAGUGAGAGCUGGAACCGAUAGGGGAAUCGCGCUGUGCGUGGCGAUUGGUAAGGUCGCGACGCUUGGCCUGAAGCACGGGAACCUGAUUUACCCGGUCCCGAAGGGCAUGGCGGCGACACCGCACAUGAUGGCCAUCGCAGCAACUGUGGCGAGCUUGUGGGCGGCCUGCAGGAAGUUGUCGAGGGAGGAUAUUGAGAAGGAUGCCCUAGCUGCCGCAAACGCUGCGCUCUACGCCCCGGAGACUGCAAGCAAGGCUUGUGUGGCUGCCAUGGCCGCGCUCGUGUCCACACUUUUGCACGUCGGGAAAACGUUCCCGGCGAAGCAGUGGCCCGAUCAGCUGUAUUCGACGGCUGUCCAAGGUCUCGGCUCGACGGACGCCAUACUGUUGCAGAUGCUGCGCGUGGCAGCACAGCUUUUGGGGUCGGUGGCUUUUCUUUUGGCUGGUCCUCCGCAACAGGGGGAACGGGGGGAGGAGUCGGAGUGA